AUGCGCCUUCUUCUUCUUACCAUCCCUACAAUUUUAAACGUAAGAUGCAUCAGCGCAAGUAAGGAGUUUCCAGAAGUGAAUCCGAUGCUCGGCCCGUGGCAAGAUCUAAAUAUGGUGUUCCCGCUUACAGAUACCUGGUACGUGACGUACAGAAACUAUGAAGAAGACCCAGUAUUUGGUGCAGCUAAAUGCUUGAGAACUAAACAAGAUUCCCCAGAAACUGAGAGUGGCUACCCGAUCAUCGUGAACUACGACGGUCUAGACGAGCCGAUAACUCUCCUGCUGACAACUAGCCCUUCGGAUGGUUACACCGUCAACAACCGGAUAAAGGUUGUUCCUGAAGGCGGGGGUGAGGCAACGGAGUACCACGUCAUUUACGGCGAGCUUGACGUAUGCGCAAUCAGUAGGAACCCCUACAUUAAUGAUGAAGCAAUGAUGGUCUUCGUUAGUAAGGCUUAUAUCGAGAAGAAUGGUCCAAAAGCCACCUGUUGUGAUUUCCUGUAUACUAUGCUUGGCGGGUCGUCUGAAAAAUACGACAUCUACGAGGAGCGGUGCUUGACAUCAGAAUGACGCGGAUAACUGAAGUGUCGCUGGAUAUUUUGACAACAUUGGUUUAGUUGGUUUAUAAAAUAGCUUGUUCACUGUGAGUAUGGUAUACUCGUAGUCCGUUUGAUUGACAUUUUGGUAUGCUUUCACUCGCCUCUCCAGCGUUCAUGUUUUUAAUGCCGCCGGAAUCUUUAGUAAUGUUUUCCCUCAAUUCUUUUGAAUUAUUCACCUUUACCUCUAACCUUGAUAAUGUUACACGAUAGCGUCCCUAUGCGAGACUUGUGACUCCUCUCCUAUUGCCAUUUUGAUUGUUAAAGGUGUACUGCUCUUCCAUUUCACAAAACGAGGCAAUGCCGUUCCCAGCCG